AUAUGUAUGGGAGAUGAGAGAGGCGGUGCGUCAACAGAGGGGGCGAAGAUGGCGUCGAGCAAGAAGAGUGGUGGUGGUGGUGGGAGUAGCAGGCUGGAGAAAGGUGUAAAUGGAAGACGCUCGUCCAAACACAAAGAGGCUCCAGUGGUUUCAGCUGCUGACACUGACAGGACCCACCUGAACAGGUUAAAGGUCACCGGGAGUUGCAAGCUGAACAGCCAAUAGCAAAAUAGCCCUCUGUCACAAGGAGAAAGUUAACUGGGACGGAGUUGUCUGUAGCUUUCCGACCUUGUUUUAAAAGCGGCAUGGGAGGGACGAGCGGAGAGGAAGGAAAAGGACAACACAUUGCCUCUGAGUAGAAUUGGUUAUGACAGUCUUGACAUACAGAGGCUGAAAGGAGAAGAGCCACAUCUAAUCGUAAAGAUGAGGGAGUGACAGACGAGAGGAGACAGACAAGGACAAAGCCUUGAACUCAGACGCUGUGAUGGACACCAAGGCAGUGUUCGUGGCCCUGUACAGCGUGUGCGAAGAGAAUGCCACCUUCUUCUCAGGAGGAGCCAAGGGGUCGCAGGGUGACGCGGCACGGCGGCUGGUGGACACCAUGAAGCUGAUCCAGGAGCACGCUCGUGGUCUGGAACCGGUUAUCUCCGGCUUCGCUGCAGUUUACCACCAUUUUGACUUUGACCCGCACAUACCCGCCAAUGGCUAUCGCUCACUGGUCAAGGUAGUGCGCUGCUGCCUUCUCCACAUAAUCCAGAAGGGGCGCUACAUCACCGCCAACCGCCGCAGCAUCUUCUUUCGAGUAGCGCACAAUGCGGGGGAGAUGGAGGCCUACUGCAACGCUCUGUGCCAGCUGCGCGCCCUGCUCUACCUGGCUCAGCGCAUGCUACACGACAACAGCCAUGGCAACCUUUUCUUCCAGGAUGAAAGUGGCCUCAGCGAGAGCUUUGUCCGCGAAUACUCGUCCAUGCACAAGGGGUGCUUCUAUGGGCGUUGCCUUGGCUUUCAGUUCAGUCCAGCCAUCCGGCCCUGUCUCCAGACUCUCGCUGUUGGCCUCGUGGCCUUUGGAGAAAACUACAAACGCCACCAGUCAGGAAUAGUGGAGGCAGGAGGUAUUGCACCAUAUGGUGUAGCGGCCAGCUCUUUCUUCACCUCAGGGAAGUACGCCAUCGACCCAGAGUUGAGAGGGGCAGAAUUUGAACGCAUCACCCAGAACCUGGACGUCCAUUUCUGGAAGACCUUCUGGAACAUCACUGAGACCGAAGUCCUGUCGGGCCUCGCCAGUAUGACAUCCACUCAAGUUAAGGUGAACCGGGCUCUCUCUGUGCCCCCCGUGCCCUUUGACCUUCCCCUGAUGGCCAACCACAGAGCAUCUGUAACUAUAGCUCCUCCAUCAGCACACAUCGGCAUCGCUCCAGUUCAGAUGAGGCUCAUCUCCUAUGACUUACGUGAAGGACAGGACAGCGAGACUCUGCUAUCCCUUGCCCGCUCUGAGGGGGGCGCCAUCUCUCUGUCGCUGGGGAUGAAGGUCAAGCGCCUCCCCUCGUCUCCCUGCCUUCUGAUCCACUUCCAUGGAGGGGGAUUUGUGGCCCAGACCUCCAAGUCCCAUGAGCCCUAUCUGAAGAGCUGGUCCCAGGACCUCGGUGUCCCCAUCCUGUCAGUGGACUACUCACUGGCCCCUGAGGCCCCCUUCCCAAGGGCCUUGGAGGAGUGUUUCUACGCCUACUGCUGGGCUCUGAGGAACCACCACCUACUAGGCUGGACCGGAGAGAAAGUGUGUCUGGCUGGUGACAGUGCGGGAGGCAACUUGUGUGUGACGACUUCGAUGCGCGCUGCUGCCUUUGGUGUGCGAAUGCCAGAUGGCAUUGUGGCAGUCUACCCGGCCACCCUGCUGACUGCCUACGCAUCGCCCUCCCGUCUGCUAACGCUUAUGGAUCCCCUGCUGCCGCUCAGUGUGCUCUCCAGGUGUCUCAAUGCCUACGCAGGCAAUGAGCCGCAGACGGAGACGCAGGUAGAGAAAGUGAGCACGCUGAGCCUGGUGAGGAGAGACACGGCUUUGCUGCUCAGAGAUUUCCGACAGGGAGCCUCCAACUGGAUCCACUCUCUGCUGGAUUCCAACAGAGCCCCCGCCUCCCCCAGCCCAGCUGCAGAGGCGCCACCAGGAGCCACUGGUAUACCACCGACUGUGACUGUGUGUGCGGACACAGUGAGGAAGAGCAUUUCAGAGGCGUCCUUCUCUUCUCCUCACGCCGACCCCCCUGUAGCCUCAGAGACCUCCGAGUUCCCGUCCAGGAAAUUAUCUGUGAAGAGCCAGACAUGCCAGGACUUGGGAUCCCACACCAAUUCCACUUCUCACAGCGCACCGCUGCUCUCUGAGCGCACUCCAGAAGAUGUGCAUUUCUUCCUCUCCAAGGAUCCAGAUCCCUCCAUUUGCAGGGACUUUUCUUCAGUGGCCAUACCACCCCCUGCUGGAGAGGAGGGAUCAGAGCUGGGGCACCGUAGGGAGUUCCCCCUGGGGUUUGAGCCACUGCGCUCAGAGCAGCUAGCUGAGAUGAGGGUGGAGAGCUCUCCAGUGGUCAAGGAUCCGUUCUGCUCUCCUCUGCUGGCUCCUGAUAGCAUGCUGAAAGGGAUGCCACCUGUACACAUAGUGGCUUGUGCAUUAGACCCCAUGCUGGAUGACUCUGUGAUGUUUGCCAAGCGUUUGAGGAGCAUAGGCCAGCCUGUCAGUCUGUGCGUGGUGGACGACCUCCCCCACGGCUUCCUCAGCCUAUCGCAGCUCUGCAGGGAGACGAAGGAGGCCGCCGACGUCUGCGUUGAGAGAAUUCGCGCCGUCUUCACCCAGAAGGACACGCCCCCGGAGCCGCGCAAGCACCGCAAGCUGGAACGGACCGAUAGGGGUGUGUCGGCUUCUUCUGGGGAAGCCGGUUCUUCCUUUGUCAGCCCCACUGAGGGAGGGGAGCUAGCUGCUAAAAUUGCUGGUGGGGAGGGCUUAGUUACUGUGGCAGCCCAGAACAACACUGACGCUGUUGGUGUUGGACCUUAAAUAAGAUUCGAUUAAAAAAAAAAAAAAAAGGAGGACUGCAGUUCACCCGAGGAGUGAAGGGAGAAAGAGUAAAUGAAAGUCAGACAAAUUUAGGCAGUGAGAUGCCUGAAAGGGAGAGAGAAGGUAUCCUGAAAAAGCAGAAAGUGGGAGAGGGGCAGUCUUGCUCAGUUUCUGAGAGACUAAAAAAAUAGAGGAGGAGCACUGAAAUAAAACUUCCUCAGCUUUACAAUUCUUGCCACUAGUUUGUGCACCGCCAUGCACCGACGCAAAUCUGGCAGACAAAAUGAACACACCCACAAAAGACAGCCAGAAUAGAAUGGUGAUUUACCAGCUACUUAGAUCAAAGACCAGCACUCACCCACACAUGCAGCACACAUACUUAACAGAGUCGCCAUUGGGCAGCGGAGGCUUGGACAUAAAGCAGCGCAGAAGAUACUUAAGACGAGGCCUGAAUGGGUGAUUCAUCCAGGCCAAGGCAGUCAUUUGAGGCCCUAAUCAGAUAGUGGUAGACACACUAUAUGCUUCUGUACAGAGUCAUCCCCAUCAAAAUGGCCACUUGUCCUUUAGGGAGCCGCUCUAAAUCACACUUAAUAACUCUACGUUGUGUUCUCCAUUACGCCUGUUUGGCAGUCAAUACGGCUCACUUUGUGGAUAGUAACUCUGUUGACUCUCUUCCUAAAUAGAAUUACAACGCUAAAACAGAACCGACUGAACGGCUCUAAACUGGAUGAAUAGAGAUUCUGUCACAGUUUUCAAUCAUAUUAUAAACUAUAUGCAGUAGUAUUACUUUUGUUAUUUAUGUUUACUUUUUUUUCUAUUGCUGUAUUUUAAUCAUUACAGGUUUGUUUGCUGAUUUGUACACCAUAUUGUUUGUUUAAUGUAAUCAUUUUGCUGUUUAUUCCACAUUUUUUUUGAAUGUGCUCAAUAUUUACCUCUGCUUCUUUGGCACAGCUGCUCUGACAUCCCCGGCCUUACCCAUUAAACCCCUCUCAGUAAUGCAUACUGAUAGGAUAGAGUAAAAGUAGAAUUUUACACAGGGACACAGGUGCCCUAUCUAGAUGCUGCUUGCGGUGCUGAUAUUACAAAUGCAAAGAUUGCAUUUUAUUAAUAGCUACAGUUAAAUUUGUGCAGAACAAUCGCAGCUCUCAGAUGUCUGGAAGAGGCUGAAUGUUUAAAUUGUUAUUAUUUCAACUCUGGAAACAAUUGCUCGACAUUCUCCUUCUGCAGAUCUAGAGUAAGAGAAAACUGGGCAGCAAAAAGCCCCACGGCUAUCAAUACACAUUUUAAACUCCACUGCACUCAUUUCCUCUCAGGUCGUCCCCGUUCCUCGCCAGGCGUUAUUGCUCACUACUCUUCUGCACAGUAUGCAGCGUGUCAAAGUACCACUUCUCUUGAGUCUGGGGAUUUCCUGCGUGACAAUCUGUUUCUACAAAUCAGAGGCUUUUAGGCAAAAUUGGAGGACCCUGACCAAGAAAAGAGAUAGCAGGAGUGCUGUGUAAAAGCUGGUGGACCAGAUGUUUUUGCUCCCCACCAUCACAUUUGGCUUUGUUAUCAGUAACCUGAGGGCACUCCUCUGAGCGUGCUGCCACCAAAGCACUUUGAAGUACACAGAAAUGUCCUUCGGAGGGUCAGUCCCUCCAUCAGGUCCAACUAAAUAUAGACGCCAACAAUGCUGGCACUGUACUGCCCUUGCCUGGUAACAGGGCUAAGGUUGCCAGGUCUGUAGAGAAGGAUGCUGCUGUGUGAUGAAUAGGAUUUAGCUGAAGCUCCAAGUGCAAAAUCCUCCCCUCCGUAGAAGAGCAGGAUUUUCAGCAGCAAAGUCAUGCUACAGGAUUAGACCAUGCUCAGUUCUGUCAGCUCCGAGUGCUUACCGCAAUAUUUUUAGGCAGAUUGAUGGAGAGAACCAGGGCCGUGAAGAGGAAGAAAGUAAUACACUCAUCCUCUCUAAGAUACUGGGCUGAAGUUUGUACUUGCUUUACUAGCCGCUGUUUAUGCUCACUCCGCACUUUUGCAGCAGUUUGUCGAUCCGUGCGAGCGUAUUUUAAGCUUGUAUGACACCUGUUUUUUUUUCUUUGCUUGGUGCCUGUAUGUGUGGCUCUAUGUGUGGAGUCUGCAUGUACACAUUCACGUGAUCACACUGGUGUGUGAGAAACAUGAGCUCACACGCGAGCACGUCCUCUUUGUUUGUGUCGUGUGUUCACAUAAAGAUGGGAAUGGCACUUUACAGUCAAGAGACUAUUCAUAGUAUUAAUCUGUCGUUGAGAGCAACCUCAAGUUACCAUCGUUUUUUGUCUGUGACAUACAUCGACUUGACUUGAAUACCCAGCAGGGUUGAUUGGUCGUUGGCACUUUGUUUUAUUAACUAAAAUAUGUGAGCUUCUAGAAAACUUUAAAAAAAAAAAAAAGUGUCAAAUUCCCCCUCUUGCUGUUUAUUGACCUCCAUAUGCCUCUUACCCUUGAUGACCACUCAUGCAUCAGGCUAACCUGAAUGCAGGUGAUGUACCAGAGAGCCCAUCUGGUGUUUUGGACAAAUACGUUUGCAGCGAUACCUUUUAGUUUUCCCAAUUCCUGGCACUUUUGUUUAUAUGCUUCCUGCAGCUUAGAGCUGAAAUGUUUUAUUCAGUAUUGUUCCAAUUAGUGUCGCUGCUUCAUUAGAGUCUAAUUGUUGAUCUCACAGACCAACUUUAUUCUCACAAAUUGUCCUUGUGAGUACAAAUAGUUGCAGUAGAUCAGAUGCUGCUUUUUUUUUUUUGUCUUUUUGCUUGUUCAAUUAUCAGGUUGUACAGCAUACCUCCACAGUUUUACUCUUCAAAAGCUCUUCUCACUUGAGAUUUCCUUUUGCCCCGGGCUGAUUUCGUUGAAAUGCAAUGCAAAGUGCAAUGCAAAGUGCAAUGCUGCUACAAACGUGAGCUAGCUGCUUCAACGACAUUUACAGUAAAGCUAUGCAGUUACACAUCAUCUUUUCACAGUCCGUUUCCUCAGAGGCAGAAAUGCUGUAAUGCCGUUUAUUGUUGUGCAAUGCGUUUGAACCUCCUCAAGGUUGGAUUUCAUAGUUAGCAACCUAUAUACAACAACACUCGUUUAAAACUUACUGGAAACCUCAUUCUUUCACAUUUGCAUCAAUGCGUUGAUGUGACUGACCUCAACCACUUCUGUUUACUGAUGAGAAAUACUAACUUGAUCAGUCAGUUAGAUAUCCUAAAAACAGAACCAAAGACUGCAGCCAGAGUCUUGCAACAGAUGUGCUGUUCUUGCUGUUUAGUGUUUUGCUGUUUACUGGUAUUGAAAAUGCAGGUGCUAGUUCAGUGCCAUAGCUUGUCUGCACUCCAUAUGCUAAUUGCUCCGCACUGUAAAAUGUAAAUCUGAUUUAGAAAAUGAUUAGCCUUUAAAAAACAAACAAACAAAAAAAAAACAAGCCAUAGACUGGAAACAAAGCUGUUUUAAGUUAACUUGUUUUUUACUUUUUUAAUUUUCUUUUAUUCGAAACACCACAAGUGCAAACCUGUGAAUAAAAAAAGAAUGUGUAUUAAACAUUAUAUGAUUCAUGUAGAUAUUUUUACUGUGUGAUUUGUUAAUCAGAUUGAUUACAGAAUGACUGAUUUGACUGCAUUUUCUUUGUAGGUUUCAUACUACAGAGUUGUGUCUUGAUACGCCGCGAGUAGGCUGGUUUCUUCCUUUGUUGAUUUUUAUCUAAAUAAAUAAAUAUAUUCUCCCAUGAA